GGACGGCUCCGGACGACGCCGCUGCCAACCGCCAGGCUUGGCGGGACACACACCCCACACCUCUUCCGUACCGUGGCAGCGCGCCCGUGUUCAGUGAUCCUCAGCCACUGGCACCCCAGGCUUCUCAGACCACACCGCUCCCGCAGUCAUUUAACCCCGCGGGUCACAGUGGAUUCCCCGACGCGAUGGGCGAGCCUUCGAUGAAUCCAUUUAGGUCGCCGGGUCGGACCGAUGCCUAUGGAUCAGUGUUCGGUAUGUCUUCAGGCGUACCGGAUUCUUCUAGCUCGUGGAUGAGUGCGCGUGCCGACUUUGCGUCAACGUCAGGGCUCGAUCAGCAUCGGGGAAUUGCUGGCUAUGGGUCAGGUACAGCGGACAGGCUUUGGUCAAGCAUCCCAAUUUACUGGCGGUUGGCAACCGCCCUUGAACCAAAAUUAUGACCAGAUGUCAGACGAUUUGGCAAUGGGCCCAUCGUACGACCCGACACUUGAUAGCGCCUGGCCCAGUUGGGAACCAGCGAUCAUGCGUCGUUCAUGGAGCUACGGUCAGGGCGACUCGCUGCCGUUCCGGUCAGUACCGCCAAUGUAUCAUCCACACGCUUCCAGCGACCUUCUGCCGCGUUCCAACACGGCGCCCCCGAUGGACAUGCGGCGUUCAGGAUGUUCGCCAAGUGGCGGGCCCGUAGGCGAGCGCUGUCGGUGGGGUGGCCAGUGCCAGACGAUAAUAACCGACCUCACGGCCUCGGGAAUCAACCGCCACCUGAAGGAGUGCCAUGUGCAGCCUUGGGACGACCGGACGCGCGGCUACUGCCAGUGGGAGGGGAGCCCGUGCAGCAAGAAGGUGCUGUUCUACUUCGGCUUUGGGAAGCACAUCGCUUCGGUGCAUGUUCGCUCCACCGCGAGCAAGUGCGAUAUGUGUGGGCAGAUCUUGGCGCGCGGGGAUACCCUCGAUCGCCAUGCUAAACGCUUUUGCCAUGGGCGGCCUUCGAAGCCCCAGCCUUAACAGAAGAGACGCUGUGAAGGGUGAGACGACCCUCGCUCUCCAUUCUAUGACAGUCUGCAAAUUAUCGGACAAAGCUUGUGGGUGACCGCGCAGGGCG